AUGCGGAGGUGCGGCUCGACGGCGUCGCUCCGGGAAGCGAAGAGAAACAUCCCGGCCGAACUGCUCGCCUCCCUAGACGCGAACGGCGUCACGCUGCCGACCCCGCUGCAGGAGUCUGUCUGGAGCAUCGGUCGAGGCGCCGGCAGGGAGGAUCUUCUCGUGCACGCAAGACCAGGGGACGAGACCGCCACGGCGUACUGCGUGCCCGUCCUGGAGAGGGUGCUGGAGCGGUAUCCGCAACCCCUCUGCGGCGACUGUGAGCAAGCGGCGAGAGCCCCGGCACCAUCGGGCGGUGGUGGUGCUGCUUGUACCGGGGCAGAUCGGGAGAAGUACGAGGUGGUUGCGCUCGUGCUGACGCGGACGCGAGACAUGGCGUCGGACGUUACGACAAUGUUGACUCGUCUCGGGGAAGGCAUUCCUAGUCUCUCGGUGGCGACCCUCAUCGGGGGCGUGCACGGUCUCGGAGAACCACAAGGCCCUCGCCGGCGAGGGGUGUAA